CGGCGGGCGGAAGGCAGGAGGUUGCCGGGGUGCGGGCUGCUGAGGGGAAAGGGACCCCGAGGUGUCCGCCGCGGCUCGCUCUGUCACCGGCGCGGGUUAAGGGCGCGAGGGCCAUGGGCGCGCUCCCCUGAGGCGGAGGUCGCGGGCGGGAGGGGAGGAGGCCCGACAGAGGUAGCUGCGGAGGCCGCGGGCCGGUGACUGGGCGCCAGGCGGCCGGCGGCGGCGGCGGCACCACCACCAGCACCACCAGCACCUCCACCAUGUCGCGCUCCGUGCUGCAGCCCAGUCAGCAGAAGCUGGCGGAGAAGCUCACCAUCCUCAACGACCGGGGCGUCGGCAUGCUCACCCGCCUCUACAACAUCAAGAAGGCUUGUGGAGACCCCAAGGCAAAACCAUCCUACCUUAUUGACAAAAACCUGGAAUCUGCUGUGAAAUUCAUAGUCAGAAAAUUCCCAGCUGUAGAAACCCGCAACAACAAUCAACAGCUUGCACAACUACAGAAAGAAAAAUCAGAGAUUCUGAAAAAUCUGGCAUUAUAUUACUUCACAUUUGUAGAUGUUAUGGAAUUUAAGGACCAUGUUUGUGAAUUGCUGAAUACUAUUGAUGUUUGCCAAGUCUUCUUUGAUAUUACUGUAAACUUUGAUUUAACAAAGAACUACUUAGAUUUGAUCAUAACAUAUACAACACUAAUGAUACUGCUGUCUCGAAUUGAAGAAAGGAAGGCAAUCAUUGGAUUAUACAACUAUGCUCAUGAAAUGACCCAUGGAGCAAGUGACCGAGAAUACCCACGUCUUGGUCAGAUGAUUGUGGAUUAUGAAAACCCUUUAAAGAAGAUGAUGGAAGAAUUUGUACCCCAUAGCAAGUCUCUUUCAGAUGCACUGAUUUCUCUUCAGAUGGUAUAUCCACGAAGGAAUCUUUCAGCUGACCAGUGGAGAAAUGCUCAAUUAUUGAGUCUCAUCAGUGCACCCAGUACAAUGCUUAACCCAGCACAGUCUGACACUAUGCCUUGCGAAUAUCUCUCUUUGGAUGCCAUGGAAAAAUGGAUUAUCUUUGGCUUUAUUUUGUGCCAUGGGAUCCUAAAUACUGAUGCAACAGCACUGAACCUUUGGAAGCUAGCUCUUCAAAGUAGCUCUUGCCUCUCUCUCUUUCGGGAUGAAGUUUUCCACAUUCACAAAGCUGCGGAAGACUUAUUCGUAAACAUACGAGGCUAUAAUAAGCGUAUUAAUGACAUAAGAGAAUGCAAAGAGGCAGCCGUGUCACAUGCUGGUUCAAUGCACAGAGAAAGACGCAAGUUUUUAAGGUCUGCACUGAAAGAAUUGGCUACUGUCCUCUCUGAUCAACCUGGCUUGCUAGGUCCCAAGGCACUUUUUGUUUUUAUGGCAUUAUCCUUUGCCCGUGAUGAAAUUAUCUGGCUACUUCGUCAUGCAGAUAACAUGCCAAAGAAGAGUGCAGAUGACUUUAUAGAUAAGCACAUUGCUGAAUUAAUAUUUUACAUGGAAGAGCUUAGAGCACAUGUAAGGAAAUAUGGACCUGUAAUGCAGAGGUAUUACGUGCAGUACCUUUCUGGCUUUGAUGCUGUUGUCCUCAAUGAACUUGUGCAGAAUCUUUCUGUUUGCCCUGAAGAUGAAUCAAUCAUCAUGUCCUCUUUUGUGAACACUAUGACUUCUCUAAGUGUAAAACAAGUUGAAGAUGGGGAAGUAUUUGAUUUCAGAGGAAUGAGAUUAGACUGGUUUAGAUUACAGGCAUAUACUAGUGUCUCUAAGGCUUCACUUAGUCUUUCAGAUCACAGAGAACUUGGAAAGAUGAUGAAUACAAUAAUUUUUCACACAAAAAUGGUAGAUUCCUUGGUGGAAAUGUUGGUGGAAACAUCAGAUCUCUCCAUAUUUUGUUUUUAUAGUCGUGCUUUUGAGAAGAUGUUUCAACAAUGUUUGGAAUUACCCUCUCAGUCAAGAUACUCAAUUGCAUUCCCACUACUUUGCACUCAUUUUAUGAGUUGCACACAUGAACUGUGUCCAGAAGAGAGACAUCAUAUUGGAGAUCGCAGUCUUUCCUUAUGUAAUAUGUUCCUCGAUGAAAUGGCCAAACAAGCUAGAAAUCUCAUCACUGAUAUUUGCACGGAACAGUGUACUCUUAGUGACCAGUUGCUGCCCAAGCAUUGUGCCAAAACCAUCAGUCAAGCAGUGAAUAAGAAGUCAAAAAAACAGACUGGUAAGAAAGGGGAACCUGAAAGGGAAAAACCAGGAGUUGAGAGCAUGAGGAAAAACAGGCUGGUAGUGACCAACCUUGAUAAAUUGCACACUGCACUUUCUGAGUUGUGUUUCUCUAUAAAUUAUGUACCAAACAUGGUGGUUUGGGAACAUACCUUUACCCCACGAGAAUAUUUGACUUCUCAUCUGGAAAUCCGCUUUACUAAGUCAAUUGUUGGAAUGACUAUGUAUAAUCAAGCCACACAGGAAAUUGCAAAACCAUCAGAGCUUCUAACAAGCGUAAGAGCAUACAUGACUGUACUCCAGUCAAUAGAAAACUAUGUGCAAAUUGAUAUUACAAGAGUAUUUAAUAAUGUGCUUCUUCAACAAACACAACAUUUAGACAGUCAUGGAGAGCCAACCAUUACAAGUCUGUACACAAAUUGGUAUCUGGAAACUUUGUUAAGACAAGUCAGCAAUGGUCAUAUAGCUUAUUUCCCUGCAAUGAAAGCAUUUGUGAACUUACCUACGGAAAAUGAAUUAACAUUUAACGCAGAGGAAUAUUCUGACAUAUCAGAAAUGAGGUCGUUAUCAGAACUGCUAGGCCCAUAUGGUAUGAAGUUCCUAAGUGAAAGCCUUAUGUGGCAUAUUUCAUCACAAGUUGCUGAACUUAAGAAACUUGUGGUGGAGAAUGUUGAUGUGCUAACACAAAUGAGGACCAGCUUUGACAAACCCGACCAGAUGGCUGCACUCUUUAAAAGAUUAUCGUCUGUUGACAGUGUCUUGAAGAGGAUGACAAUAAUUGGUGUAAUUUUAUCCUUCCGAUCAUUGGCACAAGAAGCACUUAGAGAUGUCUUGUCCUACCACAUUCCUUUUCUUGUCAGUUCAAUUGAAGAUUUCAAGGAUCACAUUCCAAGGGAAACUGAUAUGAAGGUUGCAAUGAAUGUAUAUGAAUUGUCAUCAGCUGCUGGAUUACCUUGUGAGAUUGAUCCUGCCUUGGUGGUAGCUCUUUCCUCACAAAAAUCAGAAAACAUAAGUCCAGAAGAAGAAUAUAAAAUUGCCUGCCUCCUAAUGGUCUUUGUGGCAGUUUCUUUGCCAACACUGGCCAGUAAUGUGAUGUCUCAGUAUAGCCCUGCUAUAGAAGGGCACUGCAACAACAUACACUGCUUGGCCAAAGCCAUCAACCAGAUCGCUGCAGCUUUGUUUACAAUUCACAAGGGAAGCAUUGAAGAUCGGCUUAAAGAAUUUCUGGCGCUUGCAUCCUCCAGUCUACUGAAAAUUGGCCAGGAGACAGAUAAAACAACAACAAGAAAUAGAGAAUCUGUUUAUUUACUGCUAGAUAUGAUUGUGCAGGAAUCCCCAUUCCUGACAAUGGAUCUUUUGGAAUCUUGUUUUCCUUAUGUCUUGCUGAGAAAUGCAUACCAUGCUGUCUACAAGCAAAGUGUUACAUCUUCUGCAUAAAAUAUCUACUUAUUGAAGACAAGCACGCAUUUUUGUUGCCUCGGUUUUACCUGUAAACUGUGGAACUAUUUUACCUUAAGGCCUGAAAAACAGUUUUGUGGAUUAUAAUAAAUUUCUUUCAUACA